AUGGAACGACUCGGACGAGGCGCGCGCGACGUCAGAAAGCAAGUCAAAGAGCUUCGACCGCGAUGUAUUCAAAGCGCACGCAUGGCCCGUAGUGUAUACGUACGCAUCGAAGAAAUGGAACAUCGGACGACGGACUGUGCACCUCUCACUGCACAACGACCCAAAGAGGAAAACAUAAAGCGGGAGACAGACAGACAGACAGACAUACAGCUCCCGAUCGCCCAAGCUCGACAGACACACCCGCUCGUUACGCGGCGUUUUCACAUGUUAUUGUCAUCGGCCAGACCUGUUCGAAUUCAGGCCGGCCUGUCGAGAUCUGGACGCGGUUUCGAGGCGAUGUAUGGAUUUGGAGGCGUCUUCGUCUUCGAUAAAAUACGUGGAGAGCAGUUCCAGUCCGAGGCUAGCGGCGAGUUAGCGCGAGGGCGUGAGAGGGGGGACUGUGGUGGGACUUCCGCUGUGGGUAUUCGCGAGCUUGAUGCGCGGGGGCUAGCAGAGCACUCGGCGAAAGACCAGGACGGAGCAGAGAGCAUUGCGCAUUGCCGGAUCGGUAGUGAUUUAGCAGCGUCUUACGCCCCUCGUGGACGGACCGUUCUCUCAGCUGCUCUCCAUCCAUCUCUCUCCUCUCGCGACCACAACGGCGGCCAUCGCUCGACGCCUAUGAUGGAAAUCUCAUCCGCUCCCCAGCCCCCGAAGGGCCUCGCAGACGACUCCCCCUGGUCCCCGACCACCUCCCGCCCGACCGUAAACACCUCUGCGCUCUCCAACCAUCUCCCAUCAACAACCCCCUCAGACCAAAGCCCGAUCCCCUCCUCCUCCCUCUCGCCCUCGUCCCAACACUCGCCCUGGAUUCAACCCCUCAGCCUCUCCAGCUCCGAUCAGUCGAACCCCUUCUCGUUUACCCCUCGCCAGGGCCCGCCCUCCCCUGAUCUCCUCAGCAGCGGCAACCAGUCUCCCAUGUUUCCCAACAGCAGCAGCAACAACAACGACUGGGCCAACAUCUUCUCCGCUCCGCUCAAUCCAGCAAUGUUCGCCCAGCUCGCAGCUAACGGCAUAAUUAACCCGCUCAAUUCCGUGCCACCCAGCUCCGCCACAGCGUCUAACGCACGCUUCAAUCCCUCGCAGUCCAGCAGGGUGCGCGACGGCAGCAGCAGGGGGCAUAGGCAGUCGCUUCCGGGCGUGUAUCCCGGUCAGCAGCCUCCUGUCGGUCCGUCGUAUUCGAAACGAUCGUCCGCACAGCAGUCUUCCAAGGCAAAGUCGCAUUCGCUCGGCUUUACGCCUAUAAUGUCCCAUGGUCCCGCUUCGAGAGGAAACCCGCUCGUCGAGGGCAAGUCGCCUACCUCCGGAGGUCACUCUCGCCAUACUUCAUCAGGCUCGGGAGCAUCGUAUUCCCUGCCACCAACGAACCCGUUCACGCCCACCUCUCCGUACGAAUACAACUACGACUUCAACUUCCCCGGCGAACGCUCCAACGUCGGCGUGCCCCCUUCCCUCUGGAUGUCCCCCAAUUCGCCCGGCACGUCCACCAACACCCCCGAUUCCUACAACUCGUACAACGCUAGCCUCCUACGCCACCAUUCGCACCACAACGCCCACAGAUCCGGAAGUGGAGAUGCCGCCUCGGUCCUAGGAGGGGGAUCGAGCGGUCUCCCGUCGUCCACGAGCGCCUCGUUCAGUGGCGCCGCGUCGCCCAUCGGCGGGAGCGGCGACGCGAGCUCGUCUCUGCUCAGCGAGAUGUUCACGGACAAUCUGUUCAUGAACUCGCCGAGCUCUCACUCCGUCCACGGCAACAAUAACGGCAACGGCAACAACGGCCAUCACAACAACACUAACCAUAAUCACCGCAUCCACAAUAACAACACGAACCUGAAACGACUACACACCGAUACCACCGCCGCGACCUCCGCCUUUCCGUCUCCUAUCGUCUCUGGCGGUGGUUCUCCGGAACUCAAGUCGAGCGCGCUCUCGCCCGUGGACGGGAUGACGGAUCCGGAUCAGAUGGCGAAGGAGGAUCCGUUGGCGACGCAGGUGUGGAAGAUGUACGCGCGGACAAAGGCGAAUCUGCCGCAUGCGCAGAGGAUGGAGAAUUUGACGUGGCGGAUGAUGGCGCUCGCGUUGAAGAAGAAGAAGGAGGACGAGGCGAGGGCGGAGGCGGGUGGUGUAGGUGGGGAAGCGAGUAGCGAGGAGCGGGGCGGGGGCGAGUCGAUCACGCCGGUGAAGGCCGAGGUGGCGGCGGCGGAGGUGCAGGGUGCUGGCGACGGAGACGAAGGCGCGGCCGCGAGCGGCAGCGCGGAUAAGCAAACGGGAGAGCAGGAGGAGGAGGAAGAGGAAGAGAGAGGAGGAAGAGGGAGGAGGACGGAGAAGAAGAAAGUGAGCGUCGUUGGUUUUGAUGGGAAGAACCAGGACGGCACGGAAGACGAUGAUGAUGUCGUGCCUAUGGACUGGAGGGCCAUGAGCCGCUCGCGCUCUCGCGUGCCCAUGGACUGGAGAGCGACCAGUCGCUCGCGAUCACGACCGCCUCCGCCCUCGUCCUCCUCCGCCCCGAUGUUCGAUUUCGGCUCUUCCGACGCGCUCUCGCUCUCGCUUGCUGCAGGCGGAGAGGACCACCGGUUCAAUUUCCCGUCGAUGCACAAUCUGACGGAACCGAACCCGGGCGAUCACCGUCGCAAGUCCGAGGGUCAGGCCAAUCAGAACCACCAGCACCCAGGGUCGUCCUCCUUCGGCGGGGCUGGGGUGGGUGGCGCCGGCCUGGGGGGUUUAUCUUCCUCUGCCUCGGCUUCUUCCUCGAGCAUUCCCAUAUCGUCCAACGGGGUGUCUGCGUCCGCGUCUGCUGCUGCUGCUUCUGCAGCGCGGGGAGGUGGUGCUGGCCACAGCCCUUCGUCGUCGUCCAUGCCCAACCCGUUCUCGCUCUCCGCCGUUUUCGAAGACGAGGACGACCAUAACGUUGGCUCGCUUGAGCAUCAUCAGAAUAGCCAACAGCAUCAUCAACACCAUCACCAUCAGCGCGACAACGACCCCUAUCUGCACCACUCCCUCACGGCGUUUAAUAGCCCUACUCACCACCCGUCCUCGCUCCCUUCUUUCGGCUUGCACUCGCUCUCUAGGAUACCUCCUAUCAUCACCGAUACCGAACAACACUUGCCACAGCAAACGUCGGCCGCCUUCCCUCGUCGGGUGAGGAAGACGAGCUUCGACCAUACGGUGACGAAGGAGGGAAUUCUCAGUCAGAUAGCGGGCAGGCAUCAGGUGAACGGGAAACCGCUGCCACCGGAUAACCUUGCGUCGGGAAGUCUUAUCGGGACGAAGAGGAGGGCGGACGCACCGCAUGCGGAGAGCAUGUUACGUGGCGAUCCUCCGAGCGUCGUGGCGAGUCCUGUCGUCGACUCGUCAGAGUUGGCUGCCAGAUUUUCGAACGGUCACCACAACAACAAUAACGCCGCCUCGCCGCAGUCGGUGUCGUCGCAUAAUGGGGGAGGAGGGGGCAGUCGCUCGAGUCCGUUCGCGAGCUCGGCGUUCAACUUUUCGUUCCCGUCGAGCGCGAGCGCGAAUGCGUAUGGGGGCUUCUUCGAUAUGGGAGGGCCGGCGAGUUUGCCGGAUUUCUCGUCGGUACUGCAGUCGCAUCAUUCGGAUGAUGGGCAUGGGCAUGGGGGACACGGACGAGGGAUCGGAGGGUCUUAUCGCGAGUCGUCGAUGCAUGGAGGUCACGGACAGGGAUCUUCGAAUAAUAAUGGGUUCUCACCUUCGUCGCACCAUCAUCAUCACCAUCAUCAUUCUCAUCAUCCGUCUUCUCCGGGGUCCUUAUCGCUCUCCGGUUUGAAUGGCCUCGGAAGCGGGAAUGGGGGAGGGAACGAGAGGUUGUCGGCUGCGGCGGCGGCGGCGUCGGUCGUUAUGGCGGAGGGGUAUGCGCAUCUGAGCGCGGCGAGUCUCGCGGGGGUGGAUGACUUGGGGAAUGGUGGGAGCGGAGGAGGAGGGGGAGGGUUGGAUUAUUCGUCGUUGAUGGGACUGGGAGGGUUGAUGUACCCCCUCGAUCUUUCCUCGCCCACGUCCUCCUCGCAUCAUCAACAGCAACAUCACUCGCAGAAUCAUGGCCAUUCCCAUUCCCAAUCACACAAUAAUAGUCAUCAUGGGCACUCGCAUUCGCAUAGCGGACAGUACGGACAUCCGUAUACGCAUGUCGAUCCGACGCAGAUACUUUCCGGAGGAGGAGGAGGAGACAACGAUCAUCCGUUUUCGGUCAGUUUGCAUCCUAGCCCUUCGAGCGACGGAUGGGGCAAUGGCGGGCCGUUUGGGUAUGGCGGUGGUGGGAAUGGAGGAGGAGGUGGGAAUGGGAAUGGGAGUAGCGGGGCGGGAAGUCCGGAUCCUCAGGGGUUGUCGAAUUCGAAUGCGAGUUCGCCGCCGUCUGCGGGUGGAGCGGGCGAGUUGCCGAGUUCGGUGGUUACGGUGCAGUCUCAGGGCACGGGGACGGGUAGGGGAGGGAGGAAGAUCGCGUCGAGUAAGAGGGUUAAGGCGGCUGGGGGUGAAGGUACGGGGAGGAAGAAGAAUGGUGGGGCGGGAGGAGAGGCGCAUUUGCGGAGUUCGACGAGUACGCCGGAUUUGGGGGCGAGGAUGAAUGGUGAGGGGGGUGGCGGGGGUGAGGAUGGGGAGCAGAGUCCGACGGUGUGUACGAAUUGUCAGACGACGAAUACGCCGCUUUGGAGGAGGGAUCCGGAGGGGCAGCCUUUAUGCAACGCAUGUGGUCUGUUCUAUAAAUUGCACGGUGUCGUCCGGCCACUAUCGCUCAAGACGGACGUGAUUAAGAAGAGGAAUCGCGCAUCAGGCGCCUCCGCCGCUAACGGUCGCAAGGGAAGCUCCGUCCUCCCGAAACUCGCCUCGUCAUCGACGAGACCGCGGUCCUCGACGACGAGCAAUACGCCCAUGGGUAUGCCGGGCUCGAGGCUAUCGCCUGGGAGCAGGGUCGGACCGUCGCCUGCUGGGAUGGGCGUCGGGAUCGGUGGUGCAAUGGGCGGGAUGGGGGCUGCGAAUGCGGGGGCGAUGAAGAGACAGAGGAGGGCGAGUGGGACGGGGACGGGGAGGGGUGGGGAGGGGAGUGCGUAAGGUGGGGUUUUAUGAUUUAAUGAGGGGAUGAUCGUGUUGAUGAUGGCGAUGAUGAUGAUGACGGUACGAGGUUGAUGCGUUGAUGCGUUGAUGACUUGAGACUAUCUAUAUUUUUUUCCCGACGCCUCCGUUACACAUGCUCGCUGUUGCCUUCUUGUUAUGCAAUUCUUUUCCUCUCCCUCUCUCUUGAUCUCAUUUUUAUACUCUCAGUGUGUUUUCUUACCUGUUUCUCAUCUCAUCUCUCUCUCUCAUCUAUCCAUCUCAUAUAUCUCUCUCUGUCACUCUUAUAUCUCGGUUUUGGUUUUUUUUGUUUACGUGCUUGAUUACGUGCUUGCUUGUUUCGGUGCACUUGGCUCUAUCCCCCAUCUCCUUCUUUUUCUUCCAUUCAAGCUUGGUGCGUCAUUCGCGCUAAUUUCACGAGAAGAGUGACGCUUGCUCUAGUGGUCGUCGUCGUGAUUACAUUUAUAUAUUUGACGACGUGACUACGGGGCCGAUGUACGUGGUUUGGAGGAGGCUGGGACGGGAUGGGAUGGGAUGGAUGGAAGGAUGGGUCCGUGUUUUACUUAUUUGUUCAUUGUUCGAUGUUCGAUGUUAUUUCUGUGUUGUGUUUUUGUUGUAACCCUCCACUUUCACUAUUCCUCCUCAUGUCGUUGUUCUUUCUCCUCAUUCUUCAUUCUUCAUCUCCGUCUCCGUCUCGUCUGUCCAUUCCUCAUUCUUCUUCCUCUCUCCUUCUCUUCAGUCAAUGAUGUCAACCCUCCCCUCCAUCUUCUCCUUUCCUUCCCUUCGCUGCGUCUGCGUCUGCGUCUGCGCACUAACUAGUAGUGUCACACCCCUCUGUCCCUCCCCUCCAUUCCCGCUUCGUCAUCCCACUUUGCUGCAUUUUUUUGAAUACGGUUUUCGCUUCCACCUACUUGCUCCCACUUACCUUUCCUUUCUCUUCUUAGUCCUCUCCCUUUACG